ACCAUUCCGGAAGAAACGCGGUCUAAACGUUUACGCAAGAAGUCUAACGUGAGGUCUCUGCUCGUGUGUGCAAGACAACUGUUGAAAUUUUCUAACUUUUAGAAUAUAUUCCGAGCGAAUAUUUCAGUGAAGUGAGAAUGUCUCUGAACAAAUCAAUGCACCCGCGGAACCGCUACAAAGACAAGCCUCCGGAUUUUGCCUACUUGGCCUCCAAGUAUCCAGACUUCGAGCAGCAUGUCCACACCAACCUGGCAGGCAGAGCUAUGCUGAACUUCAAGGAGCCAGAGGCGGUGCGAGCCCUGACCUGUACCCUGCUGAAGGAAGACUUUGGGCUGACCAUAGACAUCCCACUGGAGCGUCUCAUCCCCACUGUGCCUCUCAGACUCAACUACAUCCACUGGGUGGAGGACCUGAUCGGAGGCCAAGGGGAACCACGCAGGGGCAUCGAUAUCGGUACUGGAGCGUCCUGUAUCUACCCCCUGCUGGGAGCCUCUAUGAAUGGCUGGCAUUACCUGGCAACUGAGGUAGAUGACAUCUGCUUUGACUAUGCCACCAGGAACGUAGAGCAGAACAACCUCUCGGAUCUCAUCAAAGUGGUGAAAGUUCCCCAGAAGACCCUGUUAAUGGACGCUCUAAAGGAGGAGUCAGCCAUCGUCUAUGACUUCUGCAUGUGUAACCCUCCCUUCUUCGCCAACCAACUAGAGGCUAAGGGGGUAAAUUCCAGAAACUCUCGUCGUCCUCCCCCCAGCUCAGUGAACACAGGUGGGGUGACGGAGAUCAUGGCUGAGGGAGGAGAGCUGGAGUUUGUCAAGAGGAUCAUCCACGACAGCCUGCAGCUCAAGACACGCCUGCGGUGGUACAGUUGCAUGCUGGGAAAGAAGUGCAGCCUGGCACCUUUGAAGGAGGAGCUGAGAAAACAAGGGGUACCCAAAGUAACCCACACAGAGUUCUGCCAGGGACGGACCAUGCGCUGGGCUCUGGCCUGGAGUUUCUAUGAUGACGUUACUGUUCCGGUUCAAGAUGGAUUCACUAUCACCUACAUUGAAUCUCCACCCAGUAAGAAGAGGAAGCUGGAGAAGUCUCGUAAGCCACUGACCUUCAUGCUGCUUCAGCCCACAGUGAAGGAGCUGCAGUCCCAGGCCUCCUCUAUAGGCUGUCCCUCCAACCCCAGGCCUGUAGAGACCAUCACUGCCUGGCUGGAGAAGACGCUCAGUGACCUGAAGGUGCUGUACAAGCGUGUCCCAUGUGGGAGGAAAGAGCAGAGUCUGUUCCUGACUGUUGUGGAGAACACCUGGAUCCACGGGAGACAGAGACGCAGAGACCAGGGCCGACACCUCAGAGAGCUGCCCAGAGCGCCCCCCAGUGGUAUUUCCACCACCCCUUCCUCAGUCACAGCCCAGCACCACUCCUCUACACACAUUCCGGAUAGCUCACACUCAGAGUCACACACUCCCACGGCAGCACAAGGACCAGGCAGUGUUCCACAGUCAGGGACCAACCGGGCCAACUCUGAGCGGGCCAGCGGACAGGAAGUCCAAAGCCAGGAGGAGGAAACCAGCUGUGUCCCAGUCAAGAACAGUGGGACAGAGGAGGAUGUCAUCAUGGAGUCUUCUCCCUCUAUAACACCCAAUACCAUACUGGCACAGACAGCACUACCCACCACAACACAGAAACAGGAAGCCAUAAUCACAGAGGAAGUACAUACCGAAACACAGGAACAGGAAGUCAAUGCCACUGGACAGGAAGUGAUGCAGCCACAGAGCCCUGGCGCUGUGCAACACUUCCUGUUUAAGUGCUUGGUGAACGUGAAGGCUGAGGAGCAGGAUGUUGCUGUGGAGAUUCACUGGGUGGAAGGCCAAAACAAGGACCUGAUGAACCAACUGUGUACCUACCUGAAGAACACUCUGUUUAGAGUGGUGGCCAAGCCACUGGGGACAUAAUGGAACAUAGUUAACCCGUAGUACUGGGUCAUGUUCAUUAAGCAGAAAAUGGUAGACGGGAACUUAACUUACCAGUUGUCCUAUAUUCUAUUUGUGACCCGUUUGUAGCAGGUAGUGUAAAAUGUACUUUGCUGGUUCAUUAGUUUCACCUUAGUCUCCUUGUCAAGAUUAUAAUGAGCAGUGACUAUUUUAGUUAAUUCAAGUUUGAUAAAUUACAUUUAGAAAUGUGUUUUAGUAACAUGUAAUUUGUCUAUUUCCAUGUUCAGUUAGUGUUUUACAAACAGCUGGUUUAUUUCCAGAGACAUUAAAUUUGAGGAUGCAGUUUCCAUAAACUACAGCUAAUCCACUUGUUUCCUCCUGUUGAUGAAAUACAGCUUUUUAACACA